GCCGGCGCCAGUCCACGCGGCCCGGCCGGCGCACAGCGCAGCCGCGGCUCUGCGCCCCGAGGGCGCGUGCGAGUGCGUGUCCCCGCGCGGCCGGAACCCGGGCUCGGACGCCUAGGGCUUCGCUCCGCAAGGCUGAAGGCUGAGUCCUGCCGCUGAUUCUCCGCCAAAGGCUGCGCUGCCCGCAGAAUUGUCGGGGUCACUGAGGAGAGGGACUACAGCUGAAAGCCUGGGGCUUGCCACAGCGCAUCCUUCUGUGCCAGGAUUAACAGCAGACCCUCCCUUUGGCAGUGGUCAGAGGGGACGAACCCAUCUUCUUAGGACAUGGCAGGCAAGAAAGUGCUCAUUGUCUAUGCGCACCAAGAACCCAGGUCUUUCAAUGGAUCCUUGAAGAAAGUGGCUGUGGAUGAACUCAGCGCACAGGGCUGUACCGUCACUGUUUCUGACCUGUAUGCCAUGGACUUUGAGCCAAGGGCCACCAGGAAGGAUAUCACUGGUGCUGUUUCUAAUCCCAAGUCCUUCAAUUAUGGGGUGGAAGCAUAUGAAGCCUUUAAGAAGGGGGCUCUGACCAGUGACAUAAUUGACGAGCAGAAAAAGGUUCUAGAAGCUGAUCUAGUGAUAUUUCAGAACAAGUUGGCCCUCGUUUCAUUAACCACGGGGAGCACAUCCGAGAUGUACAUGAAAACCGGAGUCAGCGGAGAUUAUCGAUACUUCCUGUGGCCCCUCCAGCAUGGUACCUUGCACUUCUGUGGAUUUAAAGUCCUUGCCCCUCAGAUCAGCUUUGCUCCCGAGAUUGCAUCCGAAGAAGAAAGAAAGGCAAUGGUGGCCUCCUGGGCCCAGAGGCUGAAAACCAUCUGGGAGGAAGAGCCCAUCGACUGCACGCCGCCUUGGUACUUCGGGCAGUAACGCUUGGUGCAUCCACAUCACAGAAGCAGCGCACCGGGAGCUGCAAGCACAUGCCCAGGCAGCAGGAUUUUAUAAUAAAACAAGGUCACAGCAGA